AUGUUGAGAAACAUAUGGUGGACCUUGUCGGCAUCGAUUUUCUUGUAUAUCCUGUGUCUGCCAACAUCGGAGGCAGGAUUCUUGUGGUGGUUGUAUUGUCUGUUUUUUAGCGACUCGGCAUUUUGCAGUGCUGAGGGAAUAGUACAGACUGUUUUAAAUGCCACUUCUAAUCUUGGAGGUGGUUUACAGUUACCCGUAAGUCAUUAUGAUUACCUGUCUAAAUGUCCAUGUUUUACUGUUACUAAACAAAGAUUUUCCCGCACCCUGACUUAAGAAAACGAUUUAGCUGCCUAAUCGCCGAUAGAGUGAAGUUAUAUAGUCAGUAUCGCGUUGAUAUUUGUUUAGUGUUGUUGGAUUCGUAUUCGCACAGUCAACAACUUUUCUAAUCCGUCUAUGAUAAAAUUUUUGUUAUAAUAAUUGGUGACUGAAAAAUGACUAUAUAAAUCAUGACAGUAUACUUAAAGGGAAUGACUCAGUUCAUUUUGAUUCAAGUUCGUAUUCAUCUACCAAACCUUGUUGCAGUAUUUUCGAAAGUCUAUGAGAAAAAAAGUACAUCUCUAUCAAAAGUUCACCUUGAUAACAUUUCAAUUAAACCCUCGUAUGGAACAUCUAAAAUUUCGAUGAUAUCUUGAUUAGUUAUAUUCAGGUAUCAGCUGGAACGUUUCAAGUAUAAUAUAUAUAAAUGUCAUAGAAUUAAUU